UGUGUCUAACACACAUUUACUCGUAAAUGGAAAUUCGUAAUCUAUCCAGUUUUAUGCUCUUUCUGUUGCUGUUUCUGCUGCUUGCAUUCAUCUGCUUCACCUCGUCCUCCAAUGCUGCUCACAAUCCGCUGAGCGAGCUUCCACGCAGACGGAUCAAACGGAUAUCGACACCGUUCUUCCAGGCAACAAAGACCUUGGAAUUGGCAAAGUAUGUGGUGUCACUGCGAUCGCGCACACCGCGCAAGUACUUUGGCGACAAUCACUACUGCGGCGGCGUCAUUUUAUCGCGCACGUUCAUUAUGACUGCCGCACACUGCACCAUGGACAGUCGCAAGAUCCAGCAUCGGCCACGCGUGUUGCUCGUCGUCGCGGGCACACCCAAUCGCUUGAAGUUUUAUCGUGGCCGGACUGUGAAUGUGCCCGUGAAGGAUAUCUAUGUGCCCAAAAAUUUCACCAUGUUCAAUACGAACAACAUUGCACUGCUAAGGCUGGCGAUGGAGUUGCCGGAUAAUCCGUAUAUUGCCAUUGCCAGUUUGCCCACCCAUGAGCCAGUAUAUAACAUCAACUACACACUCCUGGGCUGGGGCCGAGUGUACAAGGGUGGUCCACUGGCGUCUAGCAUUCUCCAUGUGGAAAUCAAGCUGUUGGACUACCAGACCUGCGACGAUAUGCUGCACACCUUCAAGCCCGAAAUGAUGUGUGCCGGCAAUCUGGAAAAUGAUCUGGAUGAGAAUCCCUGUGCCGGCGACACGGGCAGUCCCCUGCUACUAAAUGGCACUGUCUAUGGCAUUGUCAGCUACCGCAUUGGCUGCGGCUCCAGAUCUCUACCCUCCGUCUAUACGAAUGUCUUUGCGCACUUGAAAUGGAUCGACGACACCAUGAAGUCUGUCAGCACUCGGCUGAGCAGUUCCUUCAACAUACUAGCCGCUAAUUUUGCUCUGCUGAUGAGUGCCACAAGAAUAAAUGAAUGA